CAGUUGAAAGGUAAUCAUUUGUACGAGGCCAAAAUACCAUGACUGAGCUCCUUUAAUAAAUAAACGAGCGUUCAGUGCGUGUCAUUACAUUCGAAAUUGAUUGGCGCACCACGAAGGCGCACACACGUUGCGAGAAAGAAGACUUCUGCUCAUUUACACUUUGCUUUUAUUUUCAUCCAACAGAUCAGCCCCCUGAGAACCACUGGUGCAAUGAACAAUUCGAGCUCCUUCAGCGUUCAAGAGACCUCCAGCUCGUUAUUGAUAAUUUACGUCAACAUCUCCAUGACUGUGGUAGUACUGGCUACAUUGUGCCACAUUUCCGCUCUGUUCACCUUAUUCCAGGGCCGCCUGAGAAGAAAGAUUAUGUCCCCUUUCAUGAUCAACAUCAGCGUGAUUUCUUUAUUGUUAUCGAUCGGAGGCUACGCCGUCACAUUGGGUACGGAUUUUAAAAAGGAAACGAGGAACAACACGCAGGCUGUAUACCUGUGCAACUGGGUGACUUUUGCUGGUCUUCUCUCCAAAAAUGCCUUUUGGUCAACACUGUGCGCUAUGAACAUUGUAUCAAAACUGGUAUCAGAUCGAUGUGACCGUGGAUUACCUCAACAGAUGACAAGAAAAUCGAAUAUAAUUAUUUUCUCAGUAUCGUGGCUGUAUUCCAUUUUGACGAGCUUUCCGAUACUGUUUAAAGACAGCCUCACUGUGCUGUCCGCCUCUCAAUUGACUUGUAACUUAAACUGGACCUCUAGGGGAAAACUCCUUUUCCUCUACAAUGCUUUUGUUGCCGUAACAACGUUACUGCUGCCUAUGGUAAUAUGCUUAGCGAUGCAAUAUCAUUGUGCGAGGUCAGUAGAUACCCGGCUGUCCGCGUCUAUUUUCUCCUGGUUUUGGGCUCGUUCCAGGCCAGAGCAAUUCCCCAUAACUUAUUACCAUGUCAUGAAUAACAGUGCCCAGGGUGGAAUAUUUCAUGGUGCUUCUUUUCAUUUCUGCAGAAUCUGGAAGGCCUCACGUUACACUCAAAACAUAACUCGACGACGGCGCCUCUUGUAUCGCAGGAAGCUGAACCAUAUGGUCAUCGCCUUGACCCUGUUGUUCUUUAUCUUUGAGUUUCCGUGUCAGGUGGGCAACGUUGUUGCCAUGGCUACAGGGUACUACAGUUAUACGCACCGCGCGGCGUUCUCGCUCGAGAUACUGGCACAGUGCAGCGUACUUUAUCCACCAUGGGUGUACUUAUUUCUCAAUACUACCUAUAGGACGACGUUAAAGCAAUUACUGACAGAUGCGCCCAGGCAAAGAACUACGAACGUUAGGGACGACGCCCCAAGAGGAAAUCGAAGGCGAGGGGCUGCACGCAGAAAUCAGGAGAACGAAACAGCAAGAGUUAGAUUUAGCAAUAAAGUCUACACGCUACCUCAACCUGCUACCCCCACAAGACAAACAAAUGGCAACACACAGACUAGUGGCACAUCAUCUUUAAGGAGUAGAACACUAGAGGGAGGUACUGGAAACGACAACAAAGUUAUAUCGACAGAUGAAAGGAACGAGGAACAGUCUACAGAUUUCUAGUAAUAUAUCAAACACGAAACGCCGUGUUUGACCACAUUUUCAAACACACACCGAGAAUACGACGCGUAGCGGAGUAUUUUUUACUCUGAGGUGUUCGCAAAUGUGGUCCAACAACUGUCUUGAGUAAAGUGCUUGAUAUAUCUUCUCAAUCGAAAGUAAAGCUGAGAUAAACGGAGAAAGGAAGUCGUAAAAAUCCAUGCUAAUAAAGAUCGGAUGACCAAACAUCGUCACGGCCAUGAUUUCCUUUGUUUAAACUUGAUGAAGUAGCUGUCAGUCUCAAACUAAACUUCAUAAGUCAACGUUAUGAAAAAAAUAAAUAAAUAAAUAAAAAAAUCGCUAGGGUUGACAGGGUUAUACACUCUCUCGCAUUCUUCCUUUAUCCUAAUCAACAGAUAUUUACAUGAACUAAUUCUUACACUGGGCUUUUCUCUAUAUUCUCAAAACAGUAUACCUCCCAAAACUUAGUUUGGAAGUAGAAAAAUAAAAAAUAUUCCCCUUAACUCCAAGAAAAGCGCAAAUCCGUCAUCGCAAAAGUAAUUUUGUUGGGCUAUUUACGGUGAGGAGUAGCGGAUUUGAGAAGCUUUUUACAGAGGGCCAGGCUGAAAGGUUUACCCAAUUGAAGACAGAAGAAAAAUAAAAAAGAUCUUUCCCUUAAUCCCAAGAAAAACGCAAACACUUAAUCGCAAAAGUAAUUUUGUGGGGGUAUUAACGGCAAGGAAUGGCGGGUUUGGGGAGCCUUUUGCACGGAGGGUCAGACUAAAAGGUUUACCCAGUUGAAGACAGAAGGAUGUCUAGGUUCAAACAGGCAAUCAUUAGAUCUGACCUCUUCGAAUUACGACUAGAAUGACUUUACUUAAUUCAGAAGGGAGACUGAGGUCCCGAGAGUGAGGUCUUUACGGGAAAUUCUCAAACCGAGAUCUUUCCGCAUUUACCGAGCGAUAGCGAGGUCGAAUAUACGGAAAAUUUGAGGUUGGAGAUUUUUCCCGUAAAGACCGAAGGUUCGAGGUUAAUAAGUUGUUUACUAUAUGACUUUUUGCUUUGUUUUGGUAGGCCCGUAAUCGGCCCGUGUGCAUUACGGGAGAACAAUGCCGUAAAAU